GUUGUACCUAUAAAUUCAGCACAGUGCAGUUUACAUCCAAGCGUAUCAAGCAUAGUCAAGCUCAAAUUUUGUAAAUCUGUAUACAUAUUUAGCAAAUUCAAAAUGCUGAAUGCAAUGGUCCGUGUGUUUAGUAUUCUCGUGUUGGUCUCUGCUCUUUGUACUGCAUUUAAUAUUGAACGAGUGAAUGGAAUCGAAUCGUUAGCAGCAAAUGAGGAGUAUUUCGGCGACAUCCACCCACUAUUCGAGGCUUACGGGGACGCGGGGGCGGGCGCGGGGUACGGGGGGAGAUCGGACUCAGGGGGGUAUGCGGGACGAGGGGACUACUAUCGCGCGUGGAAGAGAAACGCUGACCUCAUCAACUCUCUACUCACUCUACCCAAGGGAAUGAAUGAUGCCGGCCGCUAAAUGUACCUACUAUUACUGAUUACCGUGAUACUAUGCCAUAAAAUAUUGUAGGAUUUAUAAAUAUGUGAAGUCAAAUAAAAAGCAACGUUUUGUCAAGACAAUGUAUUGUACCAUUGGUUCAUAAUUAAUAACUAUUACUACUACCUUAAACUGAAGUACAUAUAACGCUAAGAAUUAAAACUGCUGAACAGAUAA